AUGGCACCAGGACAACAAUCUAAGCAGGAACUGAGUUCCAAAGACGCCAUGUUCCUGUUGGAGCUGAUGCGCGACUCUCCUCAGGCGAUCCUCUUCCAUAUUGGCCCAUACUGCGAAAAGACCGGCACCAAGCCCAACACCAUCGUGAAGCGUCUCGGCGAGAUUAAGAAGCGCAAUGGUCUCAACAUAAUCACAACUACGAGUCCACCAAACGGAAAUACCCGCGCCUAUGCCGCGCCUAAGGCUCCAUCCAAGUCGAAGCCUAAGAGCGCCGACGACAAAGAAACGAAGCCUAAUAUCAAAGCCGAGCUCGAACCGCAGUCUGGCAAGCUGAACGCUACAGAACUCGCCAUGGCGAACGGCGUCAAGGUGGAAAUGAGCGACCCUUCUAGCCCGGGCGUUGCCUACGGUCUCCCUUCACCGGCAGAGUCUGCGGCGACACCGGCGACAAACGGCGUACCCAUGGCGCAUAUGCCGCUGUAUAUGCCGCAGAAGCGUAGAGUCGACGACCAUGAGGGGUAUGGGCGAGACGUCGCCGCCGCCGCUAAGGGAGGCAGGAUGAACAAGAAGAUCAAGACCGAGAACUGA